AAGAUUUUCAAGGUAAACAACAACACUCUGCCACUGAGAGGAAAACUUUCUUGUACGGAAGUACUUUUUAGUUUCUGUCAAGCCUCCCAGCCUGUAAACGUGAAAUCGAGCACCUGCAAAUUUUAUUUUCAAUUUUGUUUGUACUGAGCUCCAGCUACUAAAUUACAUUUGACUUCGGCUUUGCCUUUGCUUGUCUUGUAUUAAGAGAUGGCUGAAGCUACAAUGAAAACCAGACGUCAAGAUAUGUAUAAAGCAAGAACUCCACCCUGGAAAGAGACCUACAGAAAGAGAUGUUUAGACAGACUAAGAGGAAGUAGAGAGAAAUUAAUGACAAGAUUCAGAAAGAUUGAUAUAACCAGUGAAAAAGAUGACUUUAUUAAAGAUAUUAUGACAGAUGAACUAAAAACAUUAAAACGUGAACAAGCUAAAGAUUUAGAUAUAGAGUUUGAAGAUACUGGUUUUAAUGGAGUGGAUUUGAUGUUAAAUUUAUUUGAAGAUAUACAAGAAGAACUUAAACAUGAAGAGUUGAGACUAUUAGAAGAGCAUGAUAGAUAUGAACACAGUUUGAAAUUAGAAGAAAAUGUUUUAUGUUCUGCUAUAGAAAAAUUAUCAACUGAUGAAGUAAUAUGUCCUAUUUGUCAAAAAUCAACAUUGUUAUUAAAUAAAAAUAUUAUAUUCUGUUCAUGUGGAGUUAGAAUAGAUACUGAGCAAGAUUGUAUUAGUUUAAGUAAUGUUAAAAAUCAACUUGAAGCCUCUAUUUAUCAACAUAGUCUAGCAUGUACUACAGAUCCUACAUUUAGUAUCAUAGCUGACUUCGGUACACAACAUUUACUCAUGUCUUGUCAGGUUUGUGAUGCAAUGGAUAUUAUUGUGUGAUAAACAGGGAAUAUAAUACGACUUUGUUUCCAUCCAACAGUAUAGAACUUUAUUAUUUAUUAUUGAAUGAUUAACAAUGAUUGCAACCAUUGGACUUGAGACUGAAAUCAGAUAUGUUUUUCCAUAUUCAUUAUCAUAUCAUCAUUUGCUCCAGUCUCCAGUGUAUAUAAAUAGUGUAUAAACUAAGAAAAUGUUACAUGUGC